AUGAAGAGGCGCUCGUCCGGAUCAUCCGAUGAUGGUGACGAAUCCUCACUCGAGUCUGAUAUUCCCGACUCCGAUACUAGGUUGAGGACGCGCACAUCGCCAGCACGAAUUCGACGACCUAGCAGCCUCAAUUGGAAGCCCACGAAUGACCACAAUGGUAGAAAUAACCAGACCCGAGAGGAUAUUCAAACAACGACAGCUUUGAAACCCACUUCUCUUGCAGCACCGUCAACCCCCGAUAUGGCUCUCGCCAGGACACCAACACAAUCUCCGUCCCCGAACCGGCGCACGAGUCGUCCGCGCUUCUCCAUUAUCGUCCUGCUUGUUUCCGCGUUGGGAAUCGCGCUUCUUAUGGGCAUUCUGCGCUCACUUGUAACCAGCCAACUGGAUCCAAAGGGGUGCCGUAUGUCCUACAUGCGUCCUUCAUACGUGCGCUACACCGAAUUCGAUACGGAGCAUACUCGAUUUGCGACCAAAUACUCGUUGUAUCUCUACCGCGAGCAAGGGAUCGAGCCAGCAGACAAGCUCCUUGGAAUUCCCGUACUUUUUAUCCCUGGCAACGCAGGAAGCUAUAAGCAGGUCCGUCCUAUAGCUGCUGAAGCAGCCAAUUACUUUCACAACAAUCUCCAGCACGAUCAUGGCGCUCUCGAUGCUGGCGUCCGAAGUCUCGACUUCUUCACUGUGGAUUUCAACGAAGAUAUAACGGCAUUUCACGGCCAGACUCUACUCGACCAAGCCGAAUACCUUAACGAAGCUGUUCGCUACAUCCUUUCGCUCUAUUCCGACCCUCAGCGCGUUGCACGAGAAGACAAGCUACCGGAUCCCACGUCAGUCAUUGUUUUGGGCCAUUCCAUGGGUGGUGUUGUUGCGAGAGCUAUGCUUGUUCAGCCCAAUUACCAGACAAACUCAAUCAACACCAUCAUUACCAUGUCAGCACCGCAUGCUCGCCCUCCUGUCACUUUUGAUGGGCAGAUAGUUCAGAUUUACGACGAGAUCAACGAUUACUGGCGCCAGGCAUACUCACAAAAAUGGGCCAACAACAAUCCUUUGUGGCAUGUGACCUUGGUUUCAAUCGCAGGCGGUGGGCUGGACACGAUUGUUCCGUCUGAUUAUGCAAGUCUCGAGUCUCUGGUUCCUCCAACACACGGAUUCACUGUCUUCUCGACCGGUAUCCCAACAGUUUGGACGAGCAUGGAUCACCAGGCUAUCCUUUGGUGCGAUCAAUUUCGAAAAGUGAUCACGAAAACACUCUACGAUAUUGUUGAUGUUCAUCGUGCAUCGCAGACCAAACCACGGGCCGAACGAAUGAAGACUUUCAAGAAGCGAUUUCUGACAGGAAUGGAGCCAACGAUGGAGAAGGAUUUGCCCCUGAAAGAAGCAACGACUCUGCUCACGCUUGGUGACGACACUGAAUCUAUUCUUCCAGCUGGCCAGAGGCUCGUCCUCCGUCAGACUGGCAAGCAGUCAAAGCCUCAAGCUCAUCUACUUCCCAUCCCACCACAGGUUUCGCCCGAGGCUAGACGGUUUACUGUUCUAACGGAUGCUCCUCUGGAUGACGCUGGUGAAAACGGCAAAGUGGAAGUCCUUUUUUGCAGCGUGUACCCCUUCCAAUCCGGACAGGUCACCUCGCUUUACCCUUUUCAAAUCGAUCUCUCUGGAGACGGCAGUGGCUCGACAAGGCUUGCUUGUAAGAAUGCAGCCUCUGAUCGUAUCUUACUUCCUGCUUCGACGUCAUCGUCCAGAUACCCAUUUUACCUCGAUCGAGAGCGAGAAAUCAUUCCAUUUUCUUACCUUCAGUACGACCUCGGACAGCUCUCCGACCAUCAAUUCGUGGCCAUUGUGGAGAAACCUGCGCCAAACUCUCUCAGCUUCUUGGUCGCAGAGUUCAGUGACCAGUCUACCUACUCAAGGAAGGAGGAUACUGGUCUUAUGAAGCUUCUUCUUUCUGGACUUUCCGUGGAACUCCCCGCUAGUCGCCCAAUGAGUGUGGAAGUCACCAUUCCUUCGUUGCAAUCAGCGCUUCUUGCAUACAAGCUCGAGAUUGUAAACCCUCAGUGCCAAGCCGGCAAGGCUCUCUUCAGUCCCUUGGUUCGACAAUAUCUUGAUCAACCAUACGAGUCCAAAUACUUUGUUAAUGCGAACUCUGCCGAUAUUAGUCUCCAUGGUGUCGCCCCCUACCUGCCGCCUACUUUGGGUGACGCUGAGAAGGGCCUCACUUUUCAGUUUUGGACUGAUCCGUCUUGCAACUCCAACCUUCUUAUUACAAUUAAGCCAGACUUCUGGGGUAGUCUCGGCAAGUUGUAUAUGAGAUACCGAACUGUCUUUGCUGCUUUCCCCAUGUUAACUGUCGCGCUUGUUUUGCGCAAACAGUUCCGUGUCUAUGACAGUUCAGGGGUCUUCAUCUCAUUCUCGCAGAGCUUGGACCUGUGUUUGCGACAAUCGAUACCAUUACUUCUCGUGUCGCUGACUCUCCUUUCGGUAUCAUUGGAAGGCGUUCCAGUUUCCUGGCUCAGCAGAUUCUUGAAUCAGGCCCAUACGGAUCCUUUGAGCGUUGACUUCCAUCGCCACGAUAUGCUCAUUGGGACGGAUGACCCCUUUUUCUGGUUUCUCGUACCCCUAAUUGGUGUUGUUUGCAUCGGGGUUUGUGCCGUGGUUCACUAUAUGACAAAAGCUCUCACACAUGUUCUCGGUCUUGUUUAUUGGGCAGUAACCUCACUUCUUCUGUCAGGAUCAACAGAAGAUGAGAGGAUAGUGAGCUCGCCUGCAUUUGUUCCAUCAACCCCUAAGAGGCGUAUGAUCACAACAGCCAUCCUCUUGUUUCUUGUGUGGACGUUUAUUCCUUAUCAGUUUGCUUAUUUGGUAGCAUGCCUGGUGCAGCUCUUCACUGUAAUCCGAGCUCUACGCAUCAACAUCACCGCCCCUUCCGACGCCAACUCGAACUACUACCAUUAUGCCCAUUCUAUUCUACUUCUAAUGCUCUGGAUUCUUCCCAUUAACCUUCCUAUUUUGGCAGUCUGGAUCCGGAACUUGGCUGUGCAUUGGCUCACACCCUUCUCCUCACAUCAUAAUGUUUUGUCAAUAAUGCCUUUCAUCCUGCUCGUGGAGAACUUGACAACAGGGAAGAUGGUGCCUCGGGUGAGCCGGGUUUUGGGCUAUGUCACGAGCCUGCUUCUGUUCGCCACUGCCCUUUACGCCGCCAUGUAUGGCAUCUCUCAUGCAUACAUGCUUCACUAUUUGGUGAACAUCAUUGCCGCUUGGUUGGUCGUGUUGCAUUCUACCAACGACCCUUUUUCCUUGAGUGGACUAGGUGCGAUAUUUGACAGUAGUCCAGAUGAGGACCGGAAGAAGACAAAGGCUUCCAUAUGA